UGCUCUCCCUCGUGAUUAUCUUUUGCUUUGUUGGCUUCUACUAGUGUACAAAAAAAACAAACAGGGUAACACUUGUUCCAUCAAAUGGAGAAUGCUGUCGUUAAAACGUCGAAUCUUUCAGACAUCAUCUCCAAGUUCGCUAAAGUCUGCAAAUUUAGAUCCGUUGGUGUGUUCCCUGACCACCAGAAGCCGAGUCUGAACAAGCCUUGUGAUGAAGAAGUAGAAGAAGUCUUCGAAGAUAAUAAAGCUAAGGAAACUGAAGCAACCCAUAUCAGUAGCAAACCCUCGAGAAAGGUUCCAACAUUAAGUUGGAACGAUGAUGAUGCGAUUUGGAAGGUGUUCGACACUGUUUCAUCGCUUAAGCUCGCGUAUCUCGAGUUUCAACAAGCUCAUUUGCCUUAUGAUCCAGACAAGAUCAUACAAGCUGACAACCUCGUCGUGUCUCACCUCGAGACGCUACGAAGUUUCAAACGUCUCUACCUCAAAACCAAGAAGCAGCUCCAUGCCAAGACCGAGCUGAGAGAUGAAGUCGAAGUGAAUGAGAAGAUUUUGGAGAAACUCAAAGCGAAAAUGAAAGCUAAGGAGAGUGAGAUUCACUUUCUCAAGGAGAAACUAAACUCUUUGGUUGCAGAGAACAAGAAACUCGAGGAUAAGAUAGUUGUGAGUGUCUCUUCCUUUGAGUUUGUCUUUAGAGCAGCUUCUAAGUCGAUACACGACUUUUCAAAGCCAUUAAUCACUCUCAUGAAAGCUACAGAGGACUGGAAUCUCGAGAAAGCUGUUGAAUCCAUCGUUGGAAACGUAACAUACGCCAAGAACUCAGACAAGAAGUUUGCUUUUGAGUCAUACAUUGUUCAGAGAAUGUUCCACGGCAUGAAGCUUGAUAAUCCUUGUGAUGUGACUGAACUAAUGAGUUUAGAUGAUCCUUUGGACGCGUUAGCAGCGUUUCCUGAUUCCGCGUUUGCAAGAUUCUGCGGUCAGAAGUAUUUAUUAGUUGUUCAUCCGUUGAUGGAAGCUUCCUUCUUCGGGAAUUUGGAUAUGAGGGGACUUGUUCUGCUUGGUAAGCAUCCAAGAACGGUGUUUUAUCGAAUCUUUGCGAAAAUGGCGAAGUGGGUAUGGGUUCUUGGAUCGUUUGCAGCUUCUUUGGAUCUAAAAGCAAAGAUGUUUGUGGUCAGAAGAGGGACAAGAUUCUCAGGUGUCUACAUGGAGUCUGUAGUGGGUGAUGCAAAAGAAGAAGAGGACUUAAGAGUUGAAUUCAUCACAAUGCCAGGGUUUAAGGUUGGAGAUUCAGUGUUUAAAUCUCAUGUUUAUCUUUCUCAAACCAAAAGGUGA